UGAGGCGGUGCGUUCGGGGACGCACAACUUUCUGCGUGUUUGCGCAGUUUCACCGCAUGUCACACGCUCUGGAUAGACACAAAUAGCAACUUGACACCCGCCGCAUCGACUGCAGCGCGUCGGAAUCGGCGGAAGUACCCGAGCGGGCCGCGGCACGGCAGAGUUUCCACGCAGUCGCCGUGUCGCGCGGGGCUUGCUCGUUGUUGCGGGGAGAAAGUUGUGGACAUGUUUUCCUGGAAGUGCACGGUCGGACGGGUUCCGUGUGCAGCACUGUAACCGCGGCGGUGACGAGCCUCUCCGGCCCGUCGGGACGUCGGAGCGUUUCUUUUCCGUGUGUUAGUAAAGUCACCCGUGCGCCAUAUUGUGCGCCGUGAAACUCGAGGGAAAGUUGUCAGAGUUAUGACAUUCGCUGCGCGCAGUCCCUGUAUGGAGCUGCACGCAGUCGACUUUGCUCGAAGCCAAAGUGACUCCGCGGAGCUGGUCGCGGACCGCUCUCGGCUCCGCUCAUAAGGUCCUGCGCCCGGAGAGGAUGAGAAGAAUGGACGCGCAAACUUGAGACAUUUGAUUCUGGACGGAUGGUCGCAUGCGCCCCUCAUAGCACUCUCCUGUGGGAUUAAUAUUUCCUCCCAGAAUACCUCUGUGUACACAAUUACGCAAAGCAUAUCAACAACGAGCAGGAAAAAAAAACACUAAGGGAAGCAGGGACCGUUUUGCCCACGCGGACUUACUAUGAGUCUUCCUCUCCAAGUAAAUACUGACAAAAGUGGCAAGCAUCGGGCUGCAGCCAUGAAAGAGCCCGUGCGGCAUUCAGGGGAGGAUUAUUAUGGUAUGGGACCUCCAGUUUUAGAGUCAAGCCACGGUGACUCCUCUAGCAGCGCUGCUGUUUAUAACCCGGAGAAAGGGCCCCAAUGCAUGCCGCACUUUCAAGAGGCUCCUGUAAAGCAGUGGAUGUCCCAGGACCCCAUACAGGCCCCCAACUGGUCUCAGGAAGCUCCCGUGGCCCCCUGGGGCCAGAACCUCACGUUCACCCCGCCCAUGUACGCGGGGACGAACGUCAGGGCUCAGAUGGCGUUCCACAAAGGGGUCCACGAGGGCGUGACUCUGCCAAUGGGAGGCGAAAACCAGCUGCCAGGACCUGUGGAGGUUUACAGGGAUGCCCCCCAGGGCCAAGCUCAGGGACGGGGGCUGGAUUGGGAUCAGCACGCCAUGCACCAGGCUCAGCUGCAGGCCUAUCAGCAUGGCCACAAAGGUGUAGAGCUUCAGGGUCAGCCCCACGUGCCGCCUCACACUUUGCAGGGGCCCAUGCUGCAGCCCUUCCAGCCAACAUUUCGGCCCAACAAGCAGCAGUUCCCAUCUGGCUUUUAUUCCGUCUUUCCCGGAAACAAGGCACUGCAGAGUCUGACGUAUGGGGAGCAGCCCAAAAGUCAGCAACAGCUCAUGCACCAGAUGCAGCAGCAGCAGCAGCAGCAACAGAUGCAUCACAGACAGCAGCAGCAGCAGCAUCAACAACAGUUGCAUCAACAGCAUCUACAAAUGCAUCAACAGCAGCAGCAACAACUGCAGCAGCAACAGCAUCAAAUCCAACAGCAUCAAAUGCAGCAGCAGCAGCUGCAGCAAAUUCAGCAACAGUAUCACCAGCAGCAACUCCAGGAGCGACAGCAACAAAUCCAGCAAAUGCAGCAGCAGCAGCAGAUGCAACAACAGAGCGUGCCACAGCCAGAAACGACACAACUCCAGAUGCCCCCAAAGCAGCAGCCGGCCCAAAGCUUUGCAACCUAUCCGUCUCCCGACGCGUGUCCGCCGGAUCCUGCGUGUAAAAAGGAAGACGUCAAACCAGUGGAGCCCCAGCGGAAACCGGAAGCUCCCGCCUGCGCCGCGUCCGCGCCCUGUGCCGAGAAGCCAGCGGCGAACCCGGCGGACGGCGCCGCCGAGGCCCAGCAGGCGGCGCCCCGGCGCUCGCGCCGCCUGUCCAGAGAGGGACAGUCCCCGCUCGGCCCCCCCGCCGCCAACGUGUGGGCCCAAGCAUCAAAAGAGCCGGCGCCGUCGCAGAACGGCGUGGCCGGCGUGCAGAGGCCCGGGGAGAGCCAGGGGCCGGCGGGGUCAGGGGUCAUCCAGACCACCAACAGGAGACGGAGGGCGUCCAAGGAGAUCAACCUGGAGACGCUGGCCCAGAAGGCGUCCGAGAUGGAGUCCUUGCCCGCCAAAACGCUCAAGCAGGAGGAUGGCUCCUCGGGCAAGCAGGCCGCCAUGAUGCCCCUGGUCAUCCCCGUGUCGGUGCCGGUCCACAGGGGCCAGCCGGAGAGUCACGGCGCCUGGGCUCCGGGACGGCCCGCCGAGCGGCCCGCGGGGCAGCCUGAGCGGAAGCCCUCCGUCAUCGUGGCCCGUCGGCGGUCCAUCAGGAACACCAUGACUGAGACCGUUGGUCAGGAUGCAGAGAGCGAUGCAGGGCUGGAUGAGGAUGGGAAGUCCAAGCUAAAGCGCAGGCCGCGCCCGGAGCCUCUCAUCAUCCCUACUCUAGCCAAGCCGUCCACCUUCAUCCUCCCAUCGGUUUACUCCAGCAUCACGCCCCACCAGAGCAACCUGCGCUCCCCAGUCCGCCUGCCCGACAACCCCCUCACCCGGCCCCCGUACACGCCCCCCCCCAUCCUGUCUCCCGUGCGCGAGGGCUCGGGACUCUACUUCUCCGCCUUUCGGACCAACAUCGCCGUGACCAACAAAAUCCUGCCACCCGUGGUUACGCCCAAGUCCGCCACGCGCAGCCUGUUGCGCUCCACAAGCUCAGAGGAAACCCCACCUGUCCUGCCCCUGAUCACUGAUGCUACUCCUGUUAGCCUCGAACCGCGCAUCAACAUCGGGCUGCUGUACCAGGCAGAAAUUCCUGAGCUGCGAGAUCAACCGUCCUCUCAGACAGACGAGCACAAGGCGGACCUGGUUUGGCUUCCUGUGAAUGACGGCCACCUAAAACCGAGCAACAGUGACAGCGUGGCGGAUUUGAUGAACAUGGCUUGUUCCAGUGUGCUCAGAGGUGGAGGAACCAACCAGGAGCUGGUUUUACACUGUUUACACGAAUGUGGAGGUGAUUUCCUCGAAACGCUGGGGCGUUUGAUGCUUCAGGACCCAGUUUUCCCCAAAGGCCAUCACCUUACAGCUUAUCACUACUCAGGUUCCGACAGAUGGACUGCAGAAGAGAAGCGCUACUUCAACAAGGGCAUCUCUGCAUAUAGGAAGGACUUCUUCCUGGUGCAGAAGCUGGUGCGCACCAAGACUGUGGCUCAGUGCGUAGAGUUUUACUACACAUACAAGAAGCAGGUGAAGGUUGGUCGCAGUGGGAUUUUAACCUUCGGACCCACUGACUCACCGAUGGAAAAGCAACCCGAGGCAGUGAUGGAUGUUAAGAGUUCACAGCAGCAACAAGGAGAGGCUGACAGAGAUGACAGGAAGGAUGUUUCUUAUGAGCAGAUCGAGAGCAACCACCAGGCCAGAGUCGCUCAGUCACUACAAGCUCAUGACUAUGCAGGAACAGUGCUGGUGAUUAAAGAGCCGCACAGCGUAAAUAAGGAGGCUACUCCUCCUCCAGCACCCCACAAGCCUCGGGCCGAGCCUGCGGCAAAGAAGAGCCGAGCACCAGCGAAGCCCACGCAGGAUCCAGAUGCAGUGUUUCCAUGCAAGAAAUGUGGCAGGGUGUUUUAUAAAGUGAAGAGUCGAAGCGCCCACAUGAAGAGCCACGCUGAGCAGGAGAAGAAGGCUGCAGCGCUGCGUCAGAAGGAGGAGCAGGCAGCGGCUGAGGCUCACGCCCGGAAGGCGGCGGCGGCGGCGGCAGCAGCGGCGGCCGCGGCUGCAGCUCAUCACGAAGGAAGUGGGAACGGAGUGACGGAGCAGGUCAGCAGCCAGGAGGACUCGACGGAAGGGGAGGAUGACAACGAUGAAGACUGGCACUGAGGGCUUCAAAGAAACAAACCAAUGAGGGAGGGGGUUGACGGGUGAAUGGUGGGUAGAGGUGUGGAAUGAUUCAAGGAGGGAGGGUUCCGAAAAAAAAAAAGCACAAGAUAAAAGCUUUUAAGUCUUCCUCGUAAUCUUUCACUCCUUUUACUGUCCGGAACUGUGUUUUUAGCUUUAUACCAUUCAGCUCGGCAGUUACACUCCACGUGUUCACAUUUAUAGCUUUUAAAUAUUCAGAGGAAGUUUAUUUUUUUGUAAAUGCACUUAUAAUGUAGGCUUCAGCUUUUGCCAUUAAUGCCUUUUUAUAUUCAUUAUUUAACUGAAUAUAUGUCAAAAUAUAAUACUUUUGCAUUGUGGGGCCUUGAUACAUGUAUAAUUCAGAAAGAAUAUAAAAAAACUAAUUUCUCACCUUUAUGACAGCAGACCUUUUUUUCAGACUUCCAGCAUUUAUAGGUUGGCUGUGCACUUCUCCAAUUAAGGGACCUUUGAAAUAAUGUACAAAAAAAGUAUGCGUCAGAUUGUCAUAUAUUUAUGAUACUGCAUUUUUCAAUAAUUUGGUAAUAUUGAAACUAAUCAUGUUUGCUGCAAUGAAACCUGUAAAUUGAAAAGUUUAUUAAAAUCUUUAUUACUGUACAAA